AUGGUGCAGAAGUAUAAUCCAACUAUUUUAGUGGUAAUGGAAACUCGUGUUGGGGUUAACAGAGCAAGAGAAAUCACUGAGAGACUCCCUUUUGAUGGAGCUAUUCGCUUUGAUGCAGUUGGGUUUGCUGGUGGAAUAUGGGUGCUGUGGAAUUCUGAAAGAGUUGACGUUGCCCAUUUGGCCAGUACUGAACAAGAAAUUCACUUUACAGUUAAGGUACGCAGUUCAAAUCUUAUUUGGCUUUUCGUUGCUGUGUAUGCUAGUCCUAGGUGUGCUGAAAGACACAUUUUAUGGAAUAACCUUAUGAAAGUAGCAGACCUUCACAAUAUGCCUUGGGUUAUAGCAGGGAAUUUUAAUGAACCUUUGGUUAAUGAUGAUAAAUUUGGUGGUAGAGCGGUUAGUGUGAACAACUCUCUUUUGUUUAAGGAGUGUUUAGAUAAAUGUAAUAUGAUGGACAUCGGCUUUGCGGGACCUCGUUACACUUGGACCAAUAGAAGGGAAAUUCAAGCUUUGAUUCAGGAGAGAAUAGACAGGGGGAAGAAGACGCCGUUUAGGUUUCAAACGUGCUGGUUGCUUGACCCUACCUUCCCUGCUAUUGUUUCUCAAGCUUGGGGAGGUGCAGAUAAUCUUGUUGAGGCCGUUGAUAGCUUUACUAAGAAUGUUGUGGAUUGGAAUAAAAAUCAGUUCGGGAAUAUUUUUACAAGAAAGAAAAUUCUAAUGGCUAGGAUCAAUGGUAUGCAAAAGGCUAUUGCUUUUAAACCUUCUAGUUUUCUUCUUAAGUUGGAAGUGGAUCUCCUUAGGGAUCUAGAUCUUGUUCUCAAUCAAGAAGAGGAGUUAUGGGCUUUGAAGUCUCGGGUUAAUUGGUUGGUUCAAGGGGAUCGUAAUACAACUUUCUUCCAUGUUUCAACUUUGGUUAGGAGGAAAAGGAAUCAAAUCAUGGCUAUUAAGAAUUUAGUGGGGGAGUGGAUCCUUGAGGAGAAUGAUAUCAAAGAGUUUAUUAGAAGUGGUUUUAAUGGGAUAUACGCAACAUCUCAUGAGGUUGUUUCAAGGGAUGAACCUAGUUUUGUCCAGUGUCAGGCCAGCCUUUCGGAUGGGGAGAGGGAGAGCAUCGGUGGAGAGGUUACUGAAACAGAAAUCAAGGCUGCCUUGUGGUCUUUAAAACCAUUUAAAGCCCUGGGUCCGGAUGGACUUCAUGCGGGCUUCUUCCAAAAAUUUUGGCCGGUAGUGGGGGACUCUAUGAUUGAGGAAGUUAAGCAGAUUUUUAGGAGUGGGAUAGUGCCUGAGCAUCUGAAUAAGACUCUUAUUGCCUUGAUUCCUAAGAUCCAAGGUCCUGAGACUUUAGGUAAUUACAGACCUAUUAGUCUGUGUAAUACGGUGUAUAAAGUGGUGACCAAGAUUAUUGUGGCAAGGCUGAGACUUUUUCUGGAUAAGCUUAUUUCUCCCCUACAGACAGCGUUUGUCCCAGGUAGAAAGGGUAUUGACAAUGUCAUCAUUGCCCAAGAGAUAAUUCAUUCCCUUGGGAAAAAGAAAGGGAAGACGGGGUACAUGGCCUUAAAGAUUGAUUUGGAGAAGGCUUAUGACAAGCUUGAGUGGGGAUUUAUUCGGAACAUGCUUAUUAGGAUUAACCUUCCCACACAGCUCAUAGAUGUUAUAAUGAGUUGUGUGUUGACGGUCUCCACCUCCAUAUUGUUUAAUGGGGAAGUUUUGGAUCCGAUUCUUCCUUCUAGAGGGAUAAGACAGGGUGACCCGCUCUCCCUGUAUCUUUUCAUCAUUUGCAUGGAUUUUCUUGGUUAA